AAAUUGUCAAAUGUCGUAGGUAAUCAAAAUUGUCAAAUCAGCAUUUUAUUCAUACAAAAUGGAAAGUUUUACACCGCCCUACCAAAGUGUAGUGGAAUUAUCGGAAGAAUGUAUUAAAAGACUGGCUGCGGUACAAGACAAAAGCAACGCACCCCCAACUCCCCCAAAAGAGGAGCACCCCCAACAAGAAGAAGCACCUCAAGAAAUAGCGUCUGAAAAGCAAGCAAAAGAGGAAAAUUUUUGCCCCCCAGAACCAGUCUACCAAGAAUGUGAACUGGACGACUGCGAAAUAAUCCGAAUGCUAAAAUGUACCGACGAAAAGCACAGCAUAGAAAAUGGAUUGACGAAGGAAGAUUUUGAGGCGCUAUACGAAAAAGUUUCUUCUCAGAUACACAUCACUUACAAUAUGCCUUGCAACCAGAAUCAGCUUCUAAAAUGCCUGCAAAGAAACCCAGACUGCUCAAUAAAAUGCCAAGGACUGGCCAACUCCUUCAUAGACUGCGUUGACAAAGAAAGAAUAAUAAAAAUCAAAGAAAAAAUCGAAAUUGAACAGAAAGAAAGAAGAAUUAAACAAGAGGAAGAGUUUAAAAAAUUACUAGAAAAAAACUGUUAAAACUUUAUAACACUUUAUUUACAAAAUAUACUUUACAUAAACUAAC